GGUAAUGCUGGGUUGAUGGUUGGACACAAUGAUCUUAGACGUAUUUCUCCAACUGAAGGAUUUCAUUAUUCAUCUCCUGAGCACAGGACACCUUUUCCCCUUCAGAAGGUGCCCUGGGAGCCCCUGGUGUGGAGCAGGUCUCCAGAGAAUGUGGCUUUUGAGGAACCCACAUUCCUAGCUUUCUCCUUCAUUGCUUGUCCUGUGCAUCUCUGUGCAGCCAUUUCCUCUGCUCUUUUCAGACCUGUUUACUGGGAACAGGAGCUGUUUGUUGAAACCAUAGCCAAAGAUGCUUACGUGUAUGCCCAGCAAGGAAAAAGGAAAACCCUGCAAAGAAAAGACCUGGAUAAUGCCAUUGAAGCUAUUGAUGAAUUUGCUUUUUUGGAAGGUACUUUGGACUGACCUGGACAGAGACAGAGCUCUCUGGAGAAAGAGACUGCAGAGGUGGUGUGAGAUGAAAAACAGGAUGCUCAGAGUUCAAAAAUAAUUCCUAGAAUUGAGAUGUUGAAGUUGAGACAUGGCAACCGUGAUAUUUUUGUAUAAAGUUGAAGUUGUUGUAAGUUCUUUAUUUAAAAUGCACAUUUUUUCAUAACUAUUUUGUAUGUCCCUUCCCAUGUGGCUGUAGUGCAGCUCUCUGCUCUGGUCAGGUUACUCAGCAGUUACUCCCAGGAGCAGUCCCAGUCUCUUUGGGUACUCAGCAGCACCACAGAGCUGUGAACAGAGAGUGGCUUGGCUCAGGUGCCCAGGCACAAGGAAUUUUUUAAACCUGUGGGUUUUGUUAUAUAUGUUUGUCUCUUAACACAAUUAAAUUGUUGUUGUUGUUGCUGA